AUUUGUUGAAAGAAAAGAGCAAUGGACCUGAUUCCAAACUUUUCCAUGGAAACAUGGGCACUGCUGUCUACUAUCCUGGUGCUGCUCUACCUGGAGGAACUCCUCAUCUUUUGAUGUUGAACAGAGGCACUAGAAGGGCAUUUGGAAAUAUGAUAUUGAAUGUCGAAAAAAGUAUGGUGAUAUGUGGGGGCUAUAUGAGGGGAUGACCCCUGUCCUGGUCAUCACAGAGCCAGAAAUGAUCAAGACGGUGUUAGUGAAAGAAUGUUAUUCCAUCUUCACAAAUAGGCAUCCUUUUAGUCCAGUGGGAAUUAUGAAAAAGAGUGUCUUAAGAAGUGAGAAUGAAGAAUGGAAGAGAAUUUGAUCAUUGGUUUCUCCAACCUUCACCAGUGGAAAGCUGAAGGAUAUGUUUCCAAUCAUCCAAGAAUAUGGAGAUGUGCUGGUGAAAAAUAUGAGUCUGGAAGUACAGAAAGGCAAGCCCAUUACCGUGAGAGACAUUUUUGGUGCCUACAGCUUAGAUGUGAUCAUUCGUACCUCAUUUGGAGUGAAGAUGGAUUCCCUCAACAACCCUCAGGAUCCUUUUUUGAACAAUAUCAGGAAACUUUUUAUACCUAGUUUUUUGAAUCCACUCGUUUUGUCUAUGGCACUGUUUCCAUUUCUUAACCAAAUAUAUAAUAAACUAAACAUCUCCAUAUUUCCAAGUGAUGCUAUAACAUUUUUUAAAAAAUUUGUAGAGAAGACAAAAAAAAUUCGGCACGAAAAUAGCCAAGAGAACCCAGUAGACUUUCUUCAGCUGAUGUUGAACUCCCAAAAUUCUGAAAACGUGGAUGAUUCCCAUAAAGGUCUCUCUGAUUUGGAGAUUUUGGCCCAAUCAAUCACAUUUAUUUUUGCUGGCUAUGAGACCACAUGCAAUGUUCUUUCCUUUAUUAUGUAUACACUGGCUACUCACCCUGAUAUCCAGACGAAACUCCAGAAUGAAAUUGAUGCAAUUCUGCCCAGAAAGGCACCUGUCACUUAUGAUGGCCUGGUAGAGAUAGAAUAUCUGGACAUGGUAAUCAAUGAAACUCUGAGAUUAUAUCCAAUUGGUGCUAGAAUUUCUAGACUCAGUAAGAAAGAUGCUGAAAUCAAUGGUGUGUUCAUUCCUCAAAAUACAAAAGUAGAUAUACCUAUAUUUAUUCUUCACCGAGAUCCAGAAUACUGGACAGAACCUGAGAAAUUCUGCCCUGAAAGGUUCAGCAAGGAGAACAAGGACAGAAUCAAUCCUUAUGUAUACAUGCCUUUUGGAAGUGGUCCUAGAAACUGCAUUGGCAUGAGGUUUGCUCUCAUUACCAUGAAGAUUGCUGUUGUCAAAAUCUUGCAGAACUUUUCUGUGCAGCCUUGUGAGAAAACAGAGAUUCCCUUGAAAUUAAGUAAGGAUCUGCUUCUUUCUCCAGAAAAACCGAUAGUCCUGAAAGUUACAUCAAGAGAAGGGGCCAUAAAUAAUUAGGCUGAUUUUGUUUUUAAGUUCUGAUAUAUUCUUUACAUAAUGCACUGUAAAUACCUGAGAUUUUAAUUUACCUAGAAGGAAAUAUAGAUGACUAUGACUUUAAUCUACUGUACUUUGUUAGUUGAAUAUACAGAGUCUUCAAAUAUUUUUAAUUGUCUUGAUAGAAUCUUGAUUAUUAAGUGUGAAAGGAAAAUUAUUGCUCAGUAAUGUAUACGUUCUCUCAUAUCAAAAGUUGUCCAUUUUUCCAGAGAUUGCACAAUGUUUCAUUUCUAUACUGAUUAAAGUUUUCUUAUCAAUAUUGUCAA